CCUCGCGCGGAAUCUUCGAGACUUUUUCCCGCCAAAGCCACUGUUUCCGCCCCUCGGAGCCCAGGGCGCUGGCGGGACUGCGCAUGUGCGGGGCGCAGCCAGUGGCUAAACCCCCGGCGGCUCCACGGACGGCGAACCGUGGCGGAGAUGGAAGCGAGCCUGUUGCGCCAGUGCCCGCUGCUUCUGCCUCAGAACCGGGCGAAAACCGUGUACGAAGGAUUCAUUUCAGUUCAGGGACGAGAUUUUCACCUUAGAAUAGAGUUGCCUGAAGAUUUACAAAUGAAGAAUGCAAGAUUAUUAUGUAGUUGGCAACUGAAAACAAUACUUAAUGGAUACCAUCAAAUAGUACAACAGAGAAUGCAGCACUCUCCUGAUCUAAUGAGCUUUCUGAUGGAGUUGAAGAUGGUUUUGGAGACUGGGAGUGAUUCAGCUGGAAUUUCUAUGAAAGUAAUGGACACUUUGGAAGUUGCUUUAAAGAAGAAACAGGAGUUGUGUCCACCACUUCCUCCUCCCCAGUUCUACUCAAGCCUUAUUGAAGAGAUAGGAAUUCUUGGUUGGGACAAACUUGUAUUUGUGGAUACUUGUCUCAGUACCAUCAAGUUAAAAGCUGAAGAUGCUUCUGGUAGAAAACAUUUAAUUACUCUCAAGUUGAAGGCAAAGUACCCUGCAGAAUCACCAGAUUGUUUUGUGGAUUUUCCUGUUCCAUUUUCUGUUUCUUGGACACCACAGAGCUCUUUAAUAAGCAUUUACGGUCAGUUUUUGGCAGCCUUAGAAUCACUGAAAGCAUUCUGGGAUGUUACAGAUGAAAUCGACGAGAAGACUUGGGUACUGGAGCCAGAAAAACCUACACGGAGUGCAACAGCACGCAGGAUUGCACUGGGGAGUAAUGCUUCAAUACAUAUAGAGGUUGACCCCAAGCAUCCUACUAUGCUUCCUGAGUGCUGCUUUCUUGGAGCUGACCAUGUGGUAAAACCUCUUGGAAUUAAGCUGAGCAGGAACAUACAUUUGUGGGAUCCAGAAAAUAGUCUGUUACAAAAUUUGAAAGAUGUUUUAGAAAUAGAUUUUCCAGCUCGCACUAACCUGGAAAAAUCUGAUUUUUCUAUGGAUUGUGGCAUUUGUUAUUCAUAUCAACUUGAUGGUGCCAUUCCUGAUCAAGUGUGUGAUAAUCCCCAAUGUGCACAGCCUUUCCAUCAAAUAUGCUUAUAUGAGUGGUUGAGAGGACUGUUGACUAGUAGACAGAGUUUUAACAUCAUAUUUGGUGAAUGCCCAUAUUGUAGUAAGCCAAUUACCUUGAAAAUGUCUGGGAGGAAAUCCUAAAAUAAGAAUGUAACAUUUCUGUGAAGAACUGGCAGCCUUAAGAAUUAUCAAAAGGAUUUUAUUUGAUAUCUUCAGAGAAAGUAUAAAGCAAGACCUACUAAAAUCAAAAGAAAAAGAACGAUAAAGCCGUAAUAAUACACGUCAGUAACUGUCUCUUCACUGAGAGUAGAGUCUCUGACCUCCAUUCCGGUUGGAGAAGUAUAUGUAUACCAAGAUGAAGAUCUUGAAUUGUCGAGUAUAUAUGGACUGAUAAAAUCUUGAUAUGGUUUGUAAAGUGAAUUUGGGAACUGUAUAGAGCUCGGUUUUUGUGGAGAACUGUUUCUUUCAUUCAGAAUUUGAGACUCACAGUACUUUUGUCUUCUCUUUGUGCUUUCCUAUGGAAAAGUAUAUAUAUUGUGUUAGGUCUGAGUUAUCCUUAUACUGUGUACUCUAAGAGUUCUAAAUAAAACAUGUUACACAAAACGAA